AUGGCAUCGCAACACGACAGCGAUCUGGGCGAUAUCGACCCUCAAAACCCAUACGCGUCGAGUAGCAAAUGGCGUCACCAAGAGUCGACCAAAUACGCCCGCCACGAGGCGCAACUCCAGGCGCGCGACGCUACGACAACUGACACGACCAAUGCUCUGGCCAAUUAUCUCAAUUCCACCCGGAUUGAGCCUCAGGGCGACGGGCACUCGUCGGGAAACUACCAGCCCAUCCACCUGGCGGCCAACAAUGGCGAAGAGCCGGCCGUCGACCACCAACAGCAUGAGGCGUCAGAUGGCAGGGAGAUUGUGUGCGGCCCUCUUCUCAACUAUCGUCGAAUGGACCAGGGCUACUGGUAUGGCAGCGUUCUCGUUGUGACCAAGGGUGGCGGCAAGGAGGUGCUCUACCACCCCUCACUAUCUUUGCGACAAGUUGGCGGACAAGGAGGAGAGGCCCGGAUCGAUGGUGAGCGUCUGUAUUCCGACAAACGAAACACCUUUUGGGCAUUCAGCAUCUGCGUGCCGCUCGGGCCCAAUGAGGCGAGUUACGAAUAUCAAGUGCCGCGGCUGCGGUUCUCCAGCAGCCACAAGCCGCAAAUCAACCGCUUCUUCAUCCCCGCCAUAAACGAGUCGAUGCGCAUCAUGUUCUACUCUUGCAAUGGCUUCAGCGUCGGCACCGACGAGGAGGCCUGGAGCGGUCCGGCUUUGUGGAACGAUGUCAUGCGCAAGCAUGAAGCUGCGCCUCUCCACGUCAUGGUGGGAGGUGGUGACCAGAUCUACAACGACGGCAUCAGGGUCCACGGUCCCUUGCGCACUUGGACGGGCAUCGGCAACCCCAAGAAGCGUCAAGAGUACCCUUUCCCAGAGAAGCUUCGUGCCGAGUGUGAUGAUUACUAUCUCCAAAACUACCUCCGCUGGUAUAAUACGGAGCCUUUUUCGACGGCCAACGGCCAGAUUCCCCAGAUCAAUAUCUGGGAUGACCACGAUAUCAUUGACGGUUUCGGGUCAUACGUUGAUAAGUUCAUGCAAUGCGACGUUUUCCGCGGCAUUGGUGGCACUGCCCACAAGUACUACAUGCUCUUCCAGCACCAUCUCCCUCCUCCGCCCUCCACGUACACAUCCGAUUUUGCCGAUAACGACAUCGAUGGUACUCAAGGCAUUGAUCCAAAUCAGCUGAUUGACACGUAUGUCGCACCUGGAAAGACCGAGCCGCAGUACAUCGUCGGAACCAAGCCUGGACCCUAUGUUGCGGAACAUUCGUUUAACAUCUACACCCGAUUGGGUGCUCGUAUUGCUCUUCUUGGCAUCGAUGCCCGAACUGAGCGCACUCGACACCAAGUCAAUUAUCCUGAAACCUAUGACUUGAUUUUCCAAAGAGCGCGCGAGGAGCUGAGCGCCGCCGCCAGAUCUGGCCAGCCUAUCAAGCAUUUGAUUCUGCUUCUCGGUAUCCCGAUUGCUUAUCCUCGCUUGACCUGGCUAGAGAACAUUCUUCGAAGCCCCCUUAUCGGCCCCGUCAAGCUCCUCAACCGACGAUUUGGUGUCGGCGGUGGCUUUUUCAACCACUUUGACGGAAGCGUAGAUUUACUUGAUGAUCUCGAUGAUCACUACACGGCCAAGACACACAAGGUUGAGCGAGCCCAGCUGAUUGUGGAGCUUCAAAAGCUCUCGGCCGAGUUCUCGGUGCGAACCACCAUCCUAGGAGGCGACGUUCAUCUGGCUGCGCUGGGUCGCUUCUACUCCAACCCCAAGCUCAAGGUCCCCGCCGAGGAAGACAGCAGGUACAUGGUCAACGUCGUCUCGUCGGCCAUUGUCAACAAGCCCCCGCCUCAAGCCGUGGCCAAUCUCCUUGCACGACGAAACAAGAUUCAUCACAUGAACUCUAAGACCGACGAAACGCUGCUGGAUCUGUUUGACAAGGACCCGGGCAACUCCACAAAGACUGCCAGUCACAACAAUUGCACGAUGCCCAGCCGCAACUUUGCCAUUCUGACAGAGAAUUCCCCCGCUAAUCAGACCAACGGAUUUGUGCCCGAGGUGAACGGCGAGGCGCAGUCGUUCGUGGGACUCGACGGCCAUUCGGAACUACACAAGGGAGAAGUCGGUUCUGGUUCGAAGCACAAGGCAGCCUCUGAUGAGGCACACGGCCGAGGUCACGAUGGUGGUCUGGACAUUCGCAUCAGCGUCGAGAUUGAUCAGCAUGACCCCGAGGGUCGAACAGAGGGCUACGGCUUGACUGUGCCAGUGCUGACGUAUCGCCCCAGGACCCAAGCGUCCUCGAGGGCCGUGUCUACUGCCACAAGCGUUCCAAGCCAGCAGUGA